AUGGCGCGCAACACGAGGCGGCGAGCAGCGCGUCAAAAAGGCGAAAAGGCUCUCGAUAUCAUCAAUAGUGUGGCGGAAGACCGAGAGGAUGGCGACGAUUCUCGCGCGACAAACUUUGAACGGCGUAUAGAUACAGAAUUGGUUGAUCACGAACACGUCGAUGAGCAGCGACAAUUAAGGCGAUCGGCUCGCAACAAGAGAACAGCACACGGCAUGGAAGGCCGAUUCAGCCCAUUGUUUGUUCCGCAAGAUGAGCCCCAAGGCAAAACUAAGGAAGCUGCAGACAAAGAUAUCAACGGGUCUGAAGAGGCAGACGAACUCGAAAGCGAGGCUGAUGAUGCUGCAGAUGCAGAAAUCAGCGAAGCCGAAGAGGCGGGCGAAGACGAAGAGGAUAGGGAAGUAGAAGAAGACGGCGACUCAGUCGAUUCAGAAGACGACUUUUCGAUGUCCGAUCAACAACAGCUUUUGCAGGAGCAAGAACAAGCAAUUGUCAAUAGUCAGCAAGAGCAGCAAGAGGAGGAGCGAGAGCAGGUGUUGGUUAACAGCCCUGUUUUGGUGGUGAUAGAUAGAUCCAAGGAAAGGGUCAGCAAGGAACGAAAAAAUGCUGCUACAGCCAAAGCUGCGGCACCUGAGACUGCGCGUGCUAAAGCCGACCAUGCCCAUUUUCUAGGGGAAGAUGGUGAGUUCGAAGACAGUGAAUCGGAGCAAGAGGAUGAGAAUGUCGACGGGGCCGGGUCUGAACUGGACUACGAGGACGACGAGGAAGUUCCAUCCGAUGAUAGCUUUGAUAUGGAUGACACACAGCACGAUGCGGGCACUGCUUUAAAAAGCCUCUUUGAUUGGGGCGAUGAGCAGCCAGCCGAGCCCGUACAAGGAUCAAGAACAAAUGACCAGCUGGAAACGCAAUCUCCACGACCAAGAGAAUCGUCAAGCCGCAAAAGAAGACGAGCAUCAAAUACCAGCACAGACGAGCCUAAUAGGUCUCGCAGGCGCAUAGAUCUACAGAAUCAAAAUCAGGUCGCAGCUAGAAGGAGCACCCCUUUCGCCCUUCCUGCAGAUUUAGAAGCCACAACCAGCCCAGAGAUGCAUGAUCGAACUCGCAGACGUAUGGAAACACCAAAUCAGGGCAUCGAGCGCGCUCCUCGUCGCAGGCCACCGGUAGCCCGAGACUCGCCAGAAGUUGCGGACUGGGAAGCAACUAUCCUGGAAAAAGAAAACCAGGACGAUGUGAUAAUAGUUGGCGAAAGCAUGAGCUACGAUGAUGCAACUAAAAUCCAGGAUCUACAAGUGACAUGGAAACGUCUAAUAAAAUACUGUCAGAAAUUGAAAGAUAAUGGUGUCAGAAGAAUGCGACGUUAUGUUGGCAUCGAGGCGAUCGUGGAGCGGAUUUCAGAUUUGCUCAAAGAUUACAAGAUGAUGCAAAGAAAGCGGUCUCGAGGCCGUCCUAUUGAUGCUAUUACCUGGAAGCGGACAAGGCAAGAGGUGAACUACAUCAGUGAAGAUGCUGCUAAGAUUAGAAAUGUUCUUGUACGGCGUGCAAAAGAAGGUAAAGAGAGCAAUGACCUUCAAACUCAGGCGGAUGCGGUGGAAUACGCAGAGUUGAUCGUUCAGCACGUGAUGACAUCCUUGUGCGAGUUAGCCUUGGAGUGUCUCAAAACGUACUAUUCUGUGGAAGACAAAUGGCUUUUGAACGGGGGCUUCGGGGCGGUCUUGGAUAUAAUCGACAUUGUCGGAGAGCUCGAUCUGACCUUGACCUCAUUACACAAUUGUGCGAUGGUCAUGCUGUCUCCAUAUCCAGGCCGGCCGAUACGGCAGGAACUACGCAGCAUUCGAGGCUCGUUGGCCAGAGCCGAAGCAGAUGAACAACGGCGAGAGCGAUAA